AUGCGAGACACCUCCGAUAUUGGUAAUCUGCAGGCGAUUCUCAAGACCCUCGUUGUAGACUGCCAACUCCUCAUGCAGCAAGUGGAUGUUGACCGGCUGCCGGCCAAUGAUCGGGCCGAUUACUCUCGCCGACUGUGGACUUCCGGUCAGGCUGAACUGCGCGGCAGUCCAGUCCAGCUGAAACGCGCCCUGCUGGCUCAAAUAGAAGACAUUGCCAACCUGAAGAGUAUUCUGUUGGAGCACACCGGUGGUUCUGUGCCGGACCUCGGACAAGCUGGCAACGCAGCCUCGGAGAUGCAGACCGCUAUCAUAAUGAACGGAUCUGGACAUGCUGCGCAGCCCUCACCUACGAGAAACUGGGUAAGUUGGUAA